UAAGAGCAUGUAAUAUUAUGGUUUCAAUUAGUUAAUAAACUAAACUAAGGAACUAAGUGAAAUUAAGUGCAAUUCAUUAGUGAUUGUGAGUGAUGUGUUCUUAGGGAAAAGGUAGUGAAAACCUGCAGGCGUCAUGGAUAAAAAAAAGAGGUCAAGCGCGGGGCUGCUGGCACCUCAGCUUGCGUGCCAGUCGUCACCCGCGCCCGCGUCGGCGCCGCCGCUCCCCGCGCCAGCUUCACCCCCGCGCAUCGUCUCGGCGCCGCCCGCGCACGCCCCGCCCCCCGACCCCGUACCGCAACCCGCCCCCGAAGACGGGGUCAGAUUACGAAGAGUGCACACUGUGGCGGUGCGGGAUUACCUUAAAAGAGAGACGCAGACUUUUUUUGGGGUGCAAAGGGAUAACGAGAGGGAACAAAGGAGGCUGUGGUAUGAGAGGCGGAGGAGGCACGCGGCGCGGGCGCUCGGCGACCUCCGGCUCGAUCUACCGCCGGACCAUCAUCCUGAUGAUGAUGAUAUUAGUAUGUACGGAGCGUCAGGCGCGGCCCCCAGAGAGGCGCGGGGGCCGGUGCGCGAGCGGCCCGACGUGCUGCCCGCGCCGGCGUCGCUCGACGAGGCGCCCGCGCUGCCGCGCCCCGGCAAGGACAGCGUGGCGCGCCUCACGCUCACAGGCCUUUCCUAUGUUGUUACCGUGAGUAUAGACUUUAUUGCCUCGGCGUCGCUCGACGAGGCGCCCGCGCUGCCGCGCCCCGGCAAGGACAGCGUGGCGCGCCUCACGCUCACAGGCCUUUCCUAUGUUGUUACCGUGAGUAUAUAG